AGGAUGGCAGCGUAGUCUCUGUCCGCAGCAGCUCCACUUUGGGAGGUGGAGGGAGGGUAGGUGGAAAAGGGCCGCAGAGAAGACGAAUAACGGUACCAACCCUACAGUUGCUUUUCGGCCUUUUUUUUUUCCUGCCCCACCGAAUGUCCCGGGAGACCUUUCAUGGUGCAGCGCUGCUGCUGACGAGCGUUCAACGAGCAACGUGGAAAUAAAGAUGGCCUGGAUGUGGAAGGAAGGAAAACAACGCGUGAAGAUGACAUCGUGCACGCCGAUGAAGGUGAUGCACAACGCGGGCAAUAAGAAGUCGGUGAUUGCCACUGGCCUCGUAGCGGCGGUGUCACUCUUCGUGGUGGCCGUCCACCUGGCCGAGAAGCCCUACUUCCCGUGGCAGCCCGCAUUCAGUGGCCACUGGGCGCCGUCCAAGCAGCCCUACCAAGCUUUCAAACCUCACCCAGGCUAUGUCAGCAUUCCCAAGAUGGAACCCCUGAAGGUGAAGUGCGAGCUUUGCAGCGUGGUAUCCAGUUCGGGCCAGAUGCUUGGCCAGGCGGCGGGGGCGCUCAUCGACCGCUCGCCGUGCAUCUGGCGCAUGAACAACGCUCCCACGCGGGGGUUCGAGCGCGACGUGGGUCGGCGCACCACGCUGCGGGUGGUGUCGCACACCAGCGUGCCGCUGCUGCUGCAGAGGCCGCAGCACUUCUUUGGCCAAAACAACGACACGGUGUACGUGGUGUGGGGCCCGCUGCGCAACAUGCGCAGCGACGGCAAGGGAGUGGUCUACAACAUGUUGCGGCAGGCGGCCGACAGCUACCCGCACGCGCGCAUCUACGCCACCACCGAUGACAGGAUGAACUACUGCGACAUGGUCUUCAAGAAGGAGACGGGCAAGGACAGGAUCCAGUCGGGGUCGUACCUCAGCACAGGCUGGUUCACGCUCAUCCUCGCCAUGGACACGUGCAAAGAGAUUCACGUCUACGGCAUGAUCAACGACACCUAUUGCAGGACCGAAGGCUACCGCAAAGUCCCCUACCACUAUUACGAGGCCGGAAACCGGGAUGAGUGCGCGGAGUACCUGCUGCACGAGAGCGCCCCCUACGGAGGGCACCGCUUCAUCACGGAGAAGACUGUGUUCGCCAAGUGGGCCAAAAACCACGCCAUCAAGUUCUUCAACCCACCCUGGCAGCUGUCGUGACGCUCGAAAGCGCUUAUUCCAAGAGUCAUCCAUUGGGUUUUUGCUUGUUUGGCGAGUAGGUGACGGAUAGCGGGCGCUUCUUGUCAUUGACGACAUGCAGCAGUCCAGCCAAGACUUUUUUUUUUUUU